AUGACCAUUGAGGAGUUGCUCAAUACUCUUCCUGACUGCGACUCCGGCAUGAUAUCCCAGCACUGGCUCCCUGCUAUGCGCCUGCAGAUCGAGAAAAUGAUCGGCGUGCUCAAUGAAGCAUCCAAUCUUCAGAUAGAGAGCAGCGUCGAUCAGGUAACCUUGAACAGCGUGCUCAAGACUUUCUCCGAUCAGAUGCGCGCCAUCACUGCAGAAUACCGCAAAGUUGUCGAGCAGGCCGAGUCACUCGCGCAGCGGGAUGGCAAGGCCAACAAGGAACGCGUCAAAGACCUAGAAGAACAAGUUGAAGAGGCACUGGAACUGAUGGUUGCGAAAGACAAAGAGAUCGAAGAAAGAGACCAGCGGGUUUCGGAGCUGCGAAACACCGUCCACGAAAUCGCACGUCUCCUGGGCACAUUCAUUCAGAACAAUCUUCCCAGCUGGGUUGACACCAUCAACGAGCCACGCACUCAGCAAGUUCUCCGUAUCAUAGCCGACUACACGCGUAAUGACCGCCCGGAUUCAGUCGACUAUCUCCGCGUCCCUGAAGAGACCCUCGACAAGUAUGCGACCGAUCUACACGAAGCCCGAAAUCUCGUCGUCGAAUACCGUAAGGUAUUACAUGGACAGUCCGCCAUGAUCAAGGAUCAGUCUCAGAACCUCGACGCAUAUGCCGUGAAGUAUGAGAAAGCCGUCAAGCUGGUGCGGGAGAAGGACCAUGAGCUACUGCUCAUGGUGCAGCAGAACGACCAUCUGACCAAACAACUGCAGGAAAAUCAGAGCGCUCUAGCUGAGAGCCAGAUGACUGUCACAGAGGCUGAGGUGAUGAACCGACGCUACGAAGAGCUUCGUGGUAACAUGGAGAGCUUGAAAACCGCACAUGAGCUUGAACUCGAUCAAAAGGACGCUGAGAUUGCCAAUCUCCGCCAGAAACUCGGCAGUGCUCGUGAGGAAGUCUUUGCACGACGCGAGGACGUCAAGAACGUCGUCGCUCAAACACAGGCAAUGCUUCACGCCCAGCCGGACCCAUACUCUGCCGCCGCGAAGAGCAGCAACACUUCAAAGGCACUGAGGUUUUUCGGCAUGGAGAAGGACAAGUACAAGAAGGGAACCAUACCGGCCAGUCAAAGCACACUGGGACUGUCAUCUGUCGACGCCAGGUAUUCCUCCAAAGAAGUGGCACUGGGUGUCAGCAAAGAAGCUCUCCAGCACCGACCUUCGCUACAGUCACACACAAAUCAGCAUUCAGCACGCACCACUCCCAAUACUCCCAUCGACAGAAUGCAGGGCUCAGGUGAUCCUGCCUGGAGCGCAGCUGCCAACCAAGGUCCGCCCGACCCUGUUGCCCCUGCUCCACCACGUUCAGGUUCCCUCGGAUAUGGUAGUAGUAAUGCCACAUCUCCUGUCUCUCCCAUCAACAAAGACAAGCCUCUGCCAGCAGAUCCUAUGUCCAUGUCGCAGCUCGCAACAGCCCGUCUGGCAGGCAUCACAUCGUCUAUGGAAAGUCCGCUGCAAGCACAGAUAGCAUCGGACUACCUGAGUCACGGUAUCAUGGGCCAGACCUCGCAGACGGCACGACGAGUUCUAAGCAGAAUAACCGAAGUCUCAACACCAAAAUCACGUCAAUCUCAAGGUGAAGAUAAGGGUUCGAGGCUAGAAAGUGCUCACGAGGACGACGGCUCUGAUCAUAGCGUUGCAAGCAGUGAUCGAGAGGUCUAUCGCAAGAGCAUUUGCGCCCUGGACAUGUUGAACUCCUCCUGCGACCUGCCUUGUAGUGAGACAGACCCUGAUAUUGAGCGAAUCAUGCGUGGUGCCGGUAUUACUGGUGGAACAGGCAGUCCACCGGCUCGUCUUCGAGACUCCGGUCGGCACCCUGCAGCUACUUACAGUAAUAACAACUGGCAGGAGAAUCACCAAGAUAGUGGCCAGGACGUACGCACCGGCGUGGCCCGUGUCCUCCACCUGCGCGCAGGAACCCGCGAUCUUCGACGUGCGGGGGUUUCACACGUCAGCGACGAUGGUCAUCACGCUGGAGCGCGGGAUGGCGAAAUCGGUGCAGUCGGUCAAGGACGAGCUCAGUCCCAGCCUCACCUUGUCCGGGACCGCGACUCCAGUGGCGACUCCACGCAAGAUCGAGGGGAACGAUUCACGAAUCCUGCCCGCGAGAGUGUAGUGAGCACCGGGUCUUCUGCUGGCUACCAUACUGAGGACUCGGAGCCCAAGACUGUCGCGCAGAUGUAUCAUAUGAGCGGCCGGCAUAUUCGUGGAUGA